GUAGGAGGGAGGGGUCUUUGCUCCUGGUAGAGCCUGACAGUUCCGCACUAUUGGCUGACAGCAGCGGGACUCUUACCUGUACCUGUGGGAAGGAGUGCCAUUCGUCAUCGUCCGACUCCAAAUCAGGAUCAACUUUUCCUUCUUCCAGCAGCCCGGAGAGGUAGAAGUCGGCCAGGACGGCUGGUAAGUCAAGGAGCGACUGCAGCAGGACUCCGAGCAUGGAGCCUAUCACGUCGUGGAGCGAGGAGAGAGUCGGCGAGUGGCUCCAAGGUUUGGACGCCCCCUUGCAUCAGUAUCCGGUCUCGGAGUGGCAUUUAUCUGGUUUGGAUCUGCUCCAGCUGACCUCUCACGACCUGGAAAAGCUGGGAGUGCAUAAGAUCGGACACCAGGAGCUCCUGCUGGAGGCGAUUGAGAAGCUCUGCUCUCUGACGUAUGGUUUAGGUGGCGAGAACCUGCGAGGCCUGACGGAGAAGCUGCGCGCCGUCUCCCACAGCCUCCAGAUGGGCAUCCAGGGCCGCUGGCGCCUCAACAGCUACGACGGACGCAGCACCACCAAGCUGCCUGCUGGCGUUCUGCAGCUCGUAGUGGAGCUCAUCACCUCUGCCAAAGGACUCUUCUCUUUGCUCAACAGGUAUCAGUUUUUCCAGCUCAGUGGAUACACCAUCAGCAAGAACAUAUUCAGCUACUGCAGGGCGCUGGGAGACAUCGUCCACAAGCAGGACACCACUGUCUAUGAGAAGGAGAAGGACAUCAUCUCUGUGUGCCGUCAGCUGGUGGAAGUGUGCGAUGAGAUCCUGAACUCCAGCCCUGAGGCGCUUCUUACUCACACCGCUCAGCUGGAGAGCGUCGACCUGGUGCCCGUGUCACCUGGUGAUCACCUGGGGAUUGAGAUAACGUCCACCGGCUCCAGUAACCACUACGUGACGGGAACCGCGGCUGAGCCUUCAUCUGACGUCUAUGUGAAGAUCUUGGCUGGCGAUGAAGUGAUUCAAGUCAACGACCAGAUAGUGGUGGGUUGGAGCAGAGCGAACCUCGUGAAGAAGCUGCGGGAGAAUCCCAGCGGAGUGACUCUGGUCCUGAAGAAGGUUCCUGCCUCAGUGCGACGCAGACACCCGAUCCAGCUCUCCUCCACGCAGAAGGAGGAAGAGGAGAAAGGAGAGAGGUCAGAGGAGGAAGAGGAAGAGGAAAAGGACGAGGAGGAGAAUCCGAGGCACUCCAUAUUUGAGAGGGUAGCAGCGUCUGUCAGGUCCUUGUCCUUUAGGAGAGCCAUUCACGGGCCAGAGGUACAGCAGCAGCCUAUGGGACAGGAAGAAUCAGAGUUGCCCUCUGACAAGGAGCUGGAGGGAGGUCUGACUCUCACGUCCUAUCAAAACCAACAGGGGGGGCUGUCACGGCUGUCAGCCUCAGGGGAGUUUGAGGGUGUUGAGAGUUCGCGGCUCUCCCCGAGACUGAGAAAAGACCGCUCGCCGUCGCCCAGGAGUCCUUCUCCGUUGGUGUUUGGGUCAUUCAGAAGUUCUUCACCUCAGGGAGUCAACCAGGAAACAGCUAGCAUAAGUUCCUGCCCAGAAAUGGUGGGACACAUGGGCAAUAAAGACAGAGAGAGGAGCUCUACAAAAGGAAUGUCGACGGCUAUGAGUCGGCGUCGCGUGUCCUGCCGUGAGCUGGGUCGACCCGACUGUGACGGCUGGCUGUGGAAAAAGAGGAAGGAGAGCAACGUCUUCCUCACCCAGAAGUGGCAGCGCUUCUGGUUCGUCCUCAAGGGGCCUUCCCUUUACUGGUACACCAGCCAACAGGAUGAGAAGGCAGAAGGAUUUGUCAACAUAUCCAGCUACAGCAUAGAGAGUGCUGGAGAGCACAAGAGAAAAUAUGUGUUUAAAAUGUGCCACCAGAGAUUUCAGAACUUCUUCUUCGCUGCUGACAACGUCAGCGACAUGAGCAAAUGGAUUAACUGUCUGAUCACAGCCAUACAGAAGCACAAGAAGUUCCACAAAGGCCCUGAUAAUGAAGAAGAAUGUUACAGUGAGACAGAAUCAGAAACGGAGAGGUCUCCAUCACCCCGCAGAAGAAACAAGAAAGUGCAGUCCCACACUCUGCCUCGCCCCAAGGGGAAGACGAACAAGGUGUCAUUAUCAAGUUCUUCAACAGGGGGCAGCAAAGGAACAGGAGGGUCAGUGGAUGAGAUGGGCAUGAUGUUAAACAACAUAAAGGAAGGAGGAGUUUCUCUGAUUGGCCAUGAGCAGCCAUUUACGCACGACCACUUCCGGAAAUCGUUCAUUCGACGCAACAAGAACCCCAUCAUCAACGAGAAGGCGCACACACUCCGGGCCCUGCAGAGUACCCUCAAGGCCAAAGAGGCGGAGCUGCUGCAGAUCAACAAGAUCUUAGAAGACUCUAAUCUGACAGCUUCAAAGUAUCGUCAGUGGAAGGAGCAGAACGAGGAACUGGUUCAAGAAAUCGACAGAGCGGUCGCACUCAAGGCCUCCAAAGGAGGGGACGACGCGGCAGUGCAGGGCACACCUACUGAGGAGGUUGCCUCGGAAACUGUUGCUAAGGAAACAGCCACCGCAGAGACGGAAGGUGCAUACAGACUGAGCCUCAGCGAUGGGGAGCAGUUAGUGGAUGCAGAACCGUCAGAUGUUCUCCUGGAGAUCUCCAGUUCUCCGAGCGCAGAGACCAGUCCGGCGUUAGAACUCUCUCUGGGCUCACUGCAGGACUCAAUAAACAAACAGCUGAGUGAAAUGGCGGAGAGUGGAGAAGCUGCCGACAACUACUUCUACAUUUAAGAGCACGCGUGGAGCUGUUGUACCGCUGCAGAGUUGUAGAAUCAGACAAACGUUUGCCAUGCAGCACAGAGGAGUGAGAGCUUUUCAUUUUCCACAUCCUCUGCUGACAUUCGCCAGAAAGGCUUCGUUUAAAUUGCCAUUAAAUCAGCACUUUAAUCAAGUAUUUCAAUGAAAUGCAUCAGCGCAGACUUGACUUGCAAAUUUAGACCUAGAUUCCCCCACAACCAACAAAUAUGACAAGUUUACAACAGAGAAAAGAACAAUUUGCCAAGUGUCAAUCCAGAGUGUAUUUAUGAGGACUCUUAAGGCUGUCCUGUUCCUCUAAUGACAAAAAUCUGUUCUUAGAAUUCAAUGUAAUAUAAGUCAUGCCUCUUGUAAUGUGAUAUGUAAAUACAGUUCACUAUAAAUACUGUAUGUAUUUGUUUAUUGACCUUAAUAAAGGUAUACAUUUGAAAUGUUUUGCACAUACUUUGCUUCAGAAACACUGUUGUAGCUCCUUGUUGGUCAAUUCUUUUCUUUGCUGUUUCUGAGCCUUCUUGCCCCCGUGGAGAACACUGUGCUUCACCACAUACUGUAUAUGGACUUGUGCAUGUGAACCAUAUAGUAGAGGAGUUUAAGUUCAGUGUUCCUUUCUGUCUAAGUCUGUCAUGAAUGCAGCAAGACAACUCCUCAAAUGCUGCGAUGUCGGCCCUGUUCCUCUUCACUGUAAUUUUCAGCGGCGUAACAAAAAGGGAGCAUGAUGAUUACAGAAAUGUGUUGUGAAGAUCGAGAUCAAGGUUGCAGUCACUGAAUGGGGAUUUUUUAUUUAGCCAUUGUGUGGUUGUCCUUGUGUGCAUAUAUGUGAUUUAGAUUGAGAUUCAGACAGAAGAUUAUAAAAUGCAUGCU